AUGAGCCGCAGGUUCACUGUCACCUCACUGCCUCCCGCGGCGCCCGCCGGGACCUCUGACUUAGAGUCCCACCCGCAUUCGGCAGCCUGUCUCCGCCACCUCUCAGGGGAAGACGCCAAAGGUGAUGGCAACCCCAAGGAGAGCAGCCCCUUCAUCAACAGCACUGACACAGAGAAGGGAAGGGAGUACGAUGGCAAGAACAUGGCCCUGUUUGAGGAGGAGAUGGACACCAGCCCCAUGGUGUCCUCCCUGCUCAGUGGCCUGGCCAACUAUACCAACCUGCCCCAGGGAAGUAGGGAGCAUGAAGAGGCAGAAAACAAUGAGGGUGGAAAAAAGAAGCCAGUGCAGGCCCCACGCAUGGGCACCUUCAUGGGCGUGUACCUCCCGUGCCUGCAGAACAUCUUCGGUGUCAUCCUCUUCCUGCGACUCACGUGGGUGGUGGGCAUUGCAGGCAUCAUGGAGGCCUUCUGCAUGGUCUUCAUCUGCUGCUCCUGUACAAUGCUCACGGCCAUCUCCAUGAGUGCAAUUGCAACCAAUGGUGUUGUACCUGCGGGCGGCUCCUACUACAUGAUUUCCAGGUCUCUGGGCCCGGAGUUUGGGGGCGCCGUGGGCCUUUGCUUCUACCUGGGCACUACCUUUGCUGGGGCCAUGUACAUCCUGGGCACCAUCGAAAUCCUGCUGGCUUACCUCUUCCCAGCUAUGGCCAUUUUUAAGGCAGAAGAUGCCAGUGGGGAGGCAGCAGCUAUGUUGAACAAUAUGCGUGUGUAUGGCACCUGUGUGCUCACUUGCAUGGCCACUGUGGUAUUUGUGGGCGUCAAGUAUGUCAACAAGUUUGCCCUUGUCUUCCUGGGUUGUGUCAUCCUCUCCAUCCUGGCCAUCUAUGCCGGGGUCAUCAAAUCUGCCUUCGACCCACCCAACUUCCCGAUCUGCCUCCUGGGGAACCGCACACUGUCUCGCCAUGGCUUUGAUGUCUGUGCCAAGCUGGCUUGGGAAGGAAAUGAGACGGUGACCACACGGCUCUGGGGCCUUUUCUGUUCCUCCCGUUUCCUCAACGCCACCUGUGAUGAAUACUUCACCCGAAACAAUGUCACGGAGAUCCAGGGCAUCCCUGGCGCUGCCAGUGGCCUCAUCAAAGAGAACCUCUGGAGCUCCUACUUGACCAAAGGGGUGAUUGUGGAGAGGCGUGGGAUGCCCUCGGUGGGCCUGGCAGAGGGCGCCCCUGUCGACAUGGACCAUCCUUAUGUCUUCAGCGAUAUGACCUCCUACUUCACCCUGCUGGUUGGCAUCUACUUCCCCUCAGUCACAGGGAUCAUGGCUGGUUCUAACCGCUCCGGGGACCUACGGGAUGCCCAGAAGUCAAUUCCCACUGGCACCAUUCUGGCCAUUGCCACCACUUCUGCUGUCUAUAUCAGCUCCGUUGUUCUGUUUGGGGCCUGCAUUGAGGGAGUCGUCCUGCGGGACAAGUUUGGCGAAGCUGUGAAUGGCAAUCUGGUGGUGGGCACACUGGCCUGGCCAUCCCCCUGGGUCAUUGUUAUCGGAUCCUUCUUCUCCACCUGUGGGGCUGGGCUGCAGAGCCUCACGGGGGCCCCACGCCUGCUGCAGGCCAUCUCCCGGGAUGGCAUAGUGCCCUUCCUACAGGUCUUUGGCCAUGGCAAAGCAAAUGGAGAGCCAACGUGGGCCUUGCUCCUGACUGCCUGCAUCUGCGAGAUCGGCAUCCUCAUCGCAUCCCUCGACGAGGUUGCCCCUAUCCUCUCUAUGUUCUUCCUGAUGUGCUACAUGUUUGUGAACCUGGCCUGUGCAGUGCAGACGCUGCUGAGGACACCCAACUGGAGGCCACGCUUUCGAUAUUACCACUGGACACUCUCCUUCCUGGGCAUGAGCCUCUGCCUGGCCCUCAUGUUUAUCUGCUCCUGGUAUUACGCGCUGGUGGCCAUGCUCAUUGCUGGGCUCAUCUACAAGUAUAUCGAGUACCGUGGGGCUGAGAAGGAGUGGGGUGAUGGGAUCCGAGGCCUGUCCCUCAGCGCGGCACGCUACGCCCUCUUACGCCUGGAGGAAGGGCCCCCACAUACCAAGAACUGGAGGCCACAGCUGCUGGUGCUGGUGCGCGUGGACCAAGACCAGAACGUGGUACACCCACAGCUUCUCUCACUGACCUCCCAGCUCAAGGCGGGAAAGGGCCUGACCAUUGUGGGCUCCGUCCUGGAGGGCACCUUUCUGGACAACCAUCCCCAGGCCCAGCGGGCAGAGGAGUCCAUCCGGCGCCUGAUGGAGGCAGAGAAAGUGAAGGGCUUCUGCCAGGUGGUGAUUUCCUCCAACCUGCGUGACGGCGUGUCGCACCUGAUUCAGUCUGGGGGCCUCGGGGGCCUGCAGCACAAUACUGUGCUGGUAGGCUGGCCCCGCAACUGGCGGCAGAAGGAAGAUCAUCAGACGUGGAGGAACUUCAUUGAGCUGGUCCGGGAAACCACAGCUGGUCACCUGGCCCUGCUGGUCACCAAGAACGUUUCCAUGUUCCCUGGGAACCCUGAGCGCUUCUCCGAGGGCAGCAUCGACGUCUGGUGGAUCGUUCACGAUGGCGGCAUGCUGAUGCUAUUGCCCUUCCUGCUGCGGCACCACAAGGUCUGGCGGAAGUGCAAGAUGCGUAUCUUCACGGUGGCCCAGAUGGACGACAAUAGCAUCCAGAUGAAGAAGGACCUGACUACCUUUCUAUACCACUUACGUAUCACCGCGGAGGUCGAGGUGGUGGAGAUGCACGAGAGCGACAUAUCGGCUUACACCUACGAGAAGACGCUGGUAAUGGAGCAGCGGUCCCAGAUCCUCAAACAGAUGCAUUUAACCAAGAAUGAGCGCGAGCGGGAGAUCCAGAGUAUCACAGAUGAGUCUCGUGGCUCAAUCCGGAGAAAGAAUCCGGUCAACACUCGGCUCCGCCUCAACGUCCCGGAAGAGACAGCUGGUGACAAUGAGGAGAAGGCAGAGGAGGAGGUGCAGCUGAUCCAUGACCAGAGCGCUCCCAGCUGCCCCAGCAGCUCUCCAUCCCCGGGGGAGGAGCCUGAGGGGGAGGGUGAGGCAGAUCCUGAGAAGGUGCAUCUCACCUGGACCAAGGACAAGUCGGUGGCAGAGAAGAAUAAGGGCCCCAGUCCGGUCUCCUCCGAGGGCAUCAAGGACUUCUUCAGCAUGAAGCCGGAGUGGGAGAAUUUGAACCAGUCCAACGUGCGGCGCAUGCACACGGCCGUGCGGCUGAACGAAGUCAUCGUGAAGAAAUCCCGGGAUGCCAAGCUGGUUUUGCUCAACAUGCCUGGACCUCCGCGCAACCGCAACGGUGACGAAAAUUACAUGGAGUUCCUCGAGGUCCUCACCGAGCACCUGGACCGGGUGAUGCUGGUCCGCGGCGGCGGCCGCGAGGUCAUCACCAUCUACUCCUGAGAGCCAGGACCUGCCACCCGGGCCCGGGCGCGCCCGGCCGGCGGCCCCGGAGCCCUCGCCGCGCCCCCCGCCG